AUGUCAUCAACCCCCAGCAAACAAGACGCUUCCAUUGAUGAUCAAAUAGAUAACCCAUUGGCAAAAAGUCCAAACAUUGUGGAUUGGGUUCAAUCGUUAGACCUAGGCUACGAUGAACCAACUCGGUCAGCUGCAAUUUGCUUUUACUGUGGUAAAUCCUCACCCUCGUCGAGGUGUGGAAAGUGUGGAAUAGCCUUUUACUGCAAUCGCGAGUGUCAAACGAUCGACUGGAAAAACGGACGCCACAAGCAUGCCUGUGCUUCUUAUAUCCGUUUGUCCUCGUUGCUGGGCGGGAAUGAUAGGGAAAGUACACAGACGACGGUUCGGAACGAGAUAUUUGGACGAAUUCGAUUCUACGCAUGCCCAUAUGCUGUGUUCAAGACCCAAGAACUGGGGAAAGGGUUCUUGUUCAUUCAAAGCAAUUGUACACUAGCAGAACUAUCCCUUACGAUCCCAAAAGAUACCACUGGGCGGGUGGUUGAAAGAUCAAUCCUUAUGCAUUUCUUGACACUGGGAGAGUUUGAUGCAGACGUCAUUUCUGAUGACUUUGAAAUGGCAGUCACACGAACCAAGCUGCAAGAACUUGUGAAUAUGUACAAUCCUGAAAAAGAAGUAGUGCUAUUGCUACGACUCCGGUGCGGUCAUGUGUCUCUUGGUAAUGGGGUCUUAGUUCCAGACUAUCAAAUUUGCAAGAAUCUGGGAGUUGAUUACUACGCUGAAAGUACUGCCGAAGCCGUCCAGCUUAAUCUUGAUGACCUCUAG